CAUCGUUUUGCUCCCUUAAAAAUCUCAACAUCUUGAGUUUAUAAGAUUACGUUUAUUACGUCUUCCUCCAAAUACCCAGCAAACCCUGUUGUCCUCCCUCGUGUCUUUGACUAUCGAGAUUUUUUUAGGAGGUUGUUAGUAACUUGUCAUGUGUACUACUACUAUCUUAGUUUGAUACAACUUUGGAAGCAGAAGAAGGGUAUCUUUUUAGGAAGAAGAUAUGGGUUUUGAGCUUUUGGAUUGGUACUGUAAGCCUGUGCCUAAUGGUGUGUGGUCAAAAAUGGUUGAUUAUGCGUUUGGUGCAUACACGCCUUGUGCUAUUGACUCUUUUGUUCUUGGCACCUCUCAUCUGGUGCUGUUGAUUCUGUGUCUUUACCGUAUUUGGCUCACUGCAAAGGACCACAAAGUGGAUAAGUUCUGCUUGAGGUCUAAAUGGUAUAACUAUUUGCUGGCUCUGUUGGCUGCUUAUAGUACUGCUGAGCCUUUGUUUAGAUUGGUCAUGAGGAUCUCUAUCUUGGAUUUGGAUGGAGCUGGCUUUCCUCCCUAUGAGGCGUUCAUGUUGGCCCUUGAAGCUUUUGCUUGGGGUUCUGCUUUGGUUAUGACUGUGUUUGAAACUAAAACAUAUAUCCAUGAACUUCGUUGGUAUGUCAGAUUUUCUGUUAUUUAUGCUCUUGUGGGAGACAUGGUGUUGUUAAAUCUUGUUCUCUCAGUCAAGGAGUACUAUGGCAGUUUCACACUGUAUCUUUACACAAGUGAGGUGGCAGUUCAGGUUGCAUUUGGAGCUCUCUUGUUUGUAUAUUUCCCUAACUUGGAUCCAUGCCCUGGUUACACACCAUUGCGGAAUGAAACCUCAGAGGAUUACGAGUAUGAAGAGCUUCCUGGAGGGGAACAAAUAUGUCCUGAGAGGCAUGCAAACUUAUUUGACAGAAUCUUCUUCUCAUGGUUGAAUCCGUUGAUGACUCUGGGAUCAAAACGUCCUCUUACGGAAAAGGAUGUGUGGCAUCUGGACACUUGGGAUCGUACUGAAACUCUCAUUGGGAGCUUCCAGAGGUCCUGGGAAAAGGAGCUAGAAAAGCCCAAACCGUGGCUCUUGAGAGCACUGAACAACAGCCUUGGAGGAAGGUUUUGGUUUGGUGGGUUCUGGAAGAUUGGGAAUGACUGUUCACAAUUCGUGGGGCCUCUUCUACUGAAUGAGCUCUUAAAGUCAAUGCAACUUAAUGAACCAGCAUGGAUAGGUUACAUCUAUGCAAUCUCAAUCUUUGUUGGAGUGAUAUUGGGGGUUCUAUGUGAAGCUCAAUAUUUCCAAAAUGUGAUGCGUGUUGGUUACCGUCUAAGGUCUGCACUGAUUGCUGCUGUGUUCCGAAAGUCGCUGAGGCUAACUAAUGAAGGCAGGAAGAAGUUUCAAACAGGAAAAAUAACAAACUUAAUGACCACUGAUGCUGAGUCACUUCAGCAAAUUUGCCAAUCACUUCAUACCAUGUGGUCAGCGCCAUUUCGUAUUAUUGUGGCACUGGUUCUCCUCUAUCAACAAUUAGGUGUUGCCUCGCUCAUUGGCGCAGUGUUUCUGGUCCUUAUGUUCCCUAUACAGACUGUUAUUAUAAGCAAAACACAGAAGUUAACAAAAGAAGGGUUGCAGCGUACUGACAAAAGAAUUGGCCUAAUGAAUGAGAUUUUAGCUGCAAUGGAUACAGUGAAGUGCUAUGCUUGGGAAAACAGUUUUCAGUCUAAGGUGCAAACUGUUCGUGAUGAUGAACUCUCUUGGUUCCGAAAAGCACAACUUCUCUCAGCGUUCAAUAUGUUCAUACUAAACAGCAUUCCCGUUCUCGUAACUGUUGUUUCAUUUGGUGUCUUCUCAUUGCUUGGAGGAGAUCUCACACCUGCAAGAGCCUUUACAGCCCUUUCGCUAUUCUCUGUGCUUCGCUUCCCUUUAUUCAUGCUUCCAAACAUUAUAACUCAGGUAGUAAAUGCUAAUGUAUCCUUAAAACGUUUGGAGGAGGUAUUAUCAACAGAAGAGAGAGUUCUCUUACCAAAUCCACCCAUUGAACCUGGACAGCCAGCUAUCUCAAUAAGAAACGGAUGCUUCUCAUGGGAUUCAAAGGCGGAUACACCAACCUUGUCAAAUAUCAACUUGGAUGUACCUAUUGGGAGCCUAGUUGCAGUAGUCGGCAGUACAGGAGAAGGAAAAACCUCACUGAUAUCUGCUAUGCUUGGAGAACUUCCAGCUUUAUCUGAUGCCACAGUUACUCUUAGAGGAUCAGUUGCUUAUGUUCCGCAAGUUUCAUGGAUCUUUAACGCAACAGUACGUGACAAUAUAUUGUUUGGUGCUCCUUUUGACAAAGAAAAAUAUGAAAGGGUGAUUGAUGUGACUGCACUGAGGCAUGAUCUUGAGUUACUGCCUGGUGGUGAUCUCACGGAGAUUGGAGAAAGAGGUGUUAACAUAAGUGGGGGACAAAAGCAGAGGGUUUCUAUGGCUAGAGCCGUCUACUCAAAUUCAGAUGUGUGCAUAUUAGAUGACCCAUUAAGUGCCCUUGAUGCGCAUGUUGGUCAACAGGUUUUUGAGAAAUGCAUAAAAAGAGAACUAGGGAACAAAACAAGAGUUCUUGUUACAAACCAGCUCCACUUCCUAUCACAAGUGGAUAAAAUUCUACUUGUUCAUGAGGGAACAGUGAAAGAGGAAGGAACGUACGAAGAGCUUUCCCAUAGUGGCCCAUUAUUCAAGAGGUUAAUGGAAAAUGCUGGCAAAGUUGAAGAAUAUUCGGAAGUAAAUGGAGAAGCUGAAGCAGAAGAUCAAACGUCUGUAAAACCAGUUGAGAAUGGCAACACUAAUAAUCUGCAGAAAGAUGGAGUGGAGACAAAGAAGUCCAAAGAAGGAACCUCUGUGCUCGUUAAGAGAGAAGAACGUGAAACUGGAGUUGUGAGCUGGAAAGUCCUGAAGAGGUACCGGGAUGCACUUGGAGGUGCAUGGGUGGUGAUGAUGCUCCUUAUAUGCUACGUCUUGACUCAGAUAUUUAGAGUGUCAAGCAGCACUUGGUUGAGUGAGUGGACUGAUGCAGGAACUCCAAAGAGUCAUGGACCUCUCUUCUACAAUAUUAUCUAUGCGGUUCUUUCCUUUGGACAGGUCUUUGUGACGUUGACCAAUUCAUAUUGGUUAAUAAUGGUCAGUCUCUAUGCAGCUAAAAAGAUGCAUGAUGCUAUGCUUGGUUCCAUACUAAGAGCUCCAAUGGUCUUUUUCCAAACCAACCCACUAGGAAGGAUAAUCAAUCGAUUUGCAAAAGAUACGGGUGAUAUUGAUCGAACCGUGGCAGUCUUUGUCAACAUGUUUAUGGGUUCAAUCGCACAGCUUCUUUCAACUGUUAUCUUAAUUGGCAUUGUCAGCACACUGUCCUUGUGGGCCAUCAUGCCUCUCUUGGUCGUGUUUUAUGGAGCUUAUCUCUAUUACCAGAACACAUCUCGUGAAAUUAAACGUAUGGAUUCAGUUUCAAGAUCACCCGUUUAUGCACAAUUUGGAGAAGCAUUGAAUGGUCUAUCAAGCAUCCGUGCUUACAAAGCAUACGACCGUAUGGCUGAGAUAAACGGAAGAUCAAUGGACAAUAACAUCAGAUUCACGCUUGUCAACAUGGGAGCAAACCGUUGGCUAGGAAUCCGUUUGGAAGUUCUUGGAGGUCUCAUGGUUUGGUUAACCGCUUCGUUAGCCGUCAUGCAGAACGGUAAAGCAGAGAACCAACAAGCGUUUGCAUCUACAAUGGGUUUGCUACUCAGCUACGCUUUGAGUAUCACAAGCUCCUUAACAGCUGUGUUGAGACUCGCGAGUUUAGCUGAGAACAGUUUGAACUCUGUUGAGCGUGUUGGAAACUAUAUUGAGUUACCAUCAGAGGCUCCUUUGGUUGUUGAAAGCAACCGUCCACCUCCUGGAUGGCCAUCAUCUGGCUCUAUUAAAUUUGAAGAUGUUGUGCUUCGUUACCGUCCUGAGUUGCCUCCUGUGCUUCAUGGUGUUUCGUUUUUUAUUUCUCCGAUGGAUAAAGUGGGGAUUGUUGGAAGGACGGGAGCUGGGAAGUCAAGUCUCUUGAAUGCGUUGUUUCGGAUUGUGGAGGUGGAGAAGGGAAGGAUCUUGAUCGAUGAAUGUGAUAUUGGGAAGUUUGGUUUGAUGGAUUUGCGUAAAGUGCUUGGAAUUAUACCUCAAGCUCCUGUGCUUUUCUCAGGUACUGUGAGAUUCAAUCUUGACCCGUUUAGUGAACAUAAUGAUGCUGAUCUUUGGGAGUCUCUUGAGAGGGCACACUUGAAAGAUACUAUCCGCAGAAACCCUUUUGGUCUUGAUGCUGAGGUAUCUGAGGCAGGAGAGAACUUCAGUGUUGGACAAAGACAAUUGUUGAGUCUUGCACGUGCACUGUUACGAAGAUCUAAGAUACUUGUCCUCGAUGAAGCAACUGCUGCUGUUGAUGUAAGAACCGAUGUUCUCAUCCAAAAGACCAUCCGAGAAGAGUUCAAGUCAUGCACAAUGCUUAUCAUCGCUCAUCGUCUCAACACCAUCAUCGACUGUGACAAAGUUCUCGUUCUUGAUUCGGGAAAAGUAUCAGAGUUCAAUUCACCAGAGAAUCUUCUUUCAAACGGAGAAAGUUCAUUCUCAAAGAUGGUUCAAAGCACAGGAGCUGCAAAUGCUGAGUACUUGCGUAGUAUAGUUCUUGAAAACAAACGGAACAGAGAUGCUAACGGUGAUGGUGAUGAUUCAUCACAAUCUUUAGUAGAAGGUCAGAGGAAGUGGCGAGCUUCUUCUCGUUGGGCUGCAGCUGCUCAGUUUGCUUUGGCUGUGAGCCUCACUUCAUCUCACAACGACCUACAAAGCCUUGAGAUCGAAGAUGAUGACAGUGUUUUGAAGAGAACGAAAGACGCUGUAGUUACUCUACGCAGUGUUCUUGAAGGGAAACAUGAUAAAGAGAUUGAAGAGUCUCUUGUCCAAAAUGAUAUCUCUAGAGAGCGUUGGUGGCCGUCUCUUUACAAAAUGAUUGAAGGGCUUGCGGUGAUGAGUAGAUUGGCGAAGAACAGAAUGCAACAUUCGGAUUACAAUUUAGAGGGGAGAACGUUUGACUGGGACAACGUUGAGAUGUAGAGGAAAGAAAUGCUUUACAUUACUUGACCUAAAGGUUUCAUUUCAUAAACUUGUCUUUUCUUGUAAUACACGGAACAAAAUGUCCAUUUGAAUGCAAUUAUCAUGUACACAAGGCAAAAAAGAACAAUUUAAUUUAGUUAAGUUUCUAAGAUCUACAGUACAUAACUUUCUGUAAGGUUUUAUGGUUUUGG